AUUUCUGGAUCGUUAGGAUUCGUCUGCCACACGCUGAUGGCAAACGGCUAUAAUUGCUGCCGCUGACGGAGGGUAAUAACUCCAAGAAUGAAAAUUCUGGGAUUCAGUUUUAAGACGGUCAUUGGUGAAAAUAGUCUGCGGUUGAGUUGCUCCGGAACUUGAGCUAGACACUUUUCACACUUUUCCCCAUUCGAAUUUUGUGCAUUUUUGCGCGCAGUGAUUGGUCUUAAAACCACUCUUUUUUUUUGCUCCCACUGACCCUUAAAUAUCGUUUUAAGUUCUAUUACUUUUAAAUUAUCUUUUGUGACCACACAGCCCAAAUCAACAUCCAAAAUGCAGGAUAUUUCCGAUGAACUACCCCCAGAGCAAAUUGCUGUGCUCCAGAAAGCCUUCAACAGCUUCGAUGCCCAAAAAACUGGAAGUAUUUCCACGGAAACUGUGGCAGAAAUCCUGAGACUCAUGGGUCAGCCAUUUAACAAGAAGAUCCUCGAGGAGCUCAUUGAUGAAGUUGAUGAGGACAAAUCCGGCCGUUUGGAGUUCAACGAAUUCGUCCAACUUGCUGCGAAAUUCAUCGUGGAGGAGGAUGCGGAAGCUAUGCAGAAGGAACUCCGAGAGGCGUUCCGUCUGUAUGACAAGGAGGGUAAUGGCUAUAUUCCUACCACAUGCCUCAGAGAAAUCCUCCGUGAAUUGGACGAUCAGCUCACAGAACAUGAAUUGGACAUCAUGAUAGAGGAGAUUGACUCCGAUGGAUCUGGAACGGUUGACUUUGAUGAAUUCAUGGAGAUGAUGACGGGAGAAUAAUUUCAUCAAAUCUUUUCAUCUUUAUUUUACUAUGAGACUUUCUGUUGAAAGUGUUUAAAAAAAAAACUGAUCACUUUACUCUUUUUUCCUCAUAUUUACUUUUCACUAAACUGAUUGCAUUUCUACACUAUUUCUAUUUAAUUAAUUUAUUUUUAUUUCUCUACGUUUAAUACAAGAAAGCCUAUUUUAUCAAUUAAAUAAAUAUGUCAAGUGGAAGUCAA